UUUACGGUUGAAUAUUUCAAAAAUUUUUCUUUUGUUAAUUAUUUGUUUGUGUUUUUUUCAGGUCUAAUGGAGAAGAGUUUUGACUUCGGCGCGUUAUUGAGGAACAAUGAGAAGAAGCACAAAAACAAGCCGACUCAGUUCGUUAGCGUUGCUGGCGGGGUAAUGCGCCUAUGAUUUUCCAGUUUUGUAGUGUUUUGUGUGUUUUGUAGUGCUUGCUGUUUGCCGUGUAGGAAUUGAACAUGCAUGCGAUCCAGAAAAGAUUGGAGACUAAUAUAAAGAAUAGGAAGAGCACUAGAUUAACAGUGUUCGAUAGUAUAAGAAAUUUGCCAAGAUGUGAAAGUCCACCUCCUGUGUCUGAAACCCAGAUGAAGGUAGAACACAGGAGACAGCAGCUUGAGAAGUGGAAGGCAGAGAAAGAACAGAAGAAGAAGGAACAAGCUGCUCAGAAGAAAAAGCCAUUUGUUGCUGGAGUGCCACGGAACCCACUCAAAUUUGUACCACCGCCUCCACCACCAGCUAAGCCAAGUACUUCUGGGAGGGUUACUCGCUCACAGACAAAAAAUGCAGCUGCGAAGCCUAGGCACAGCCCAGUUAAAAUUACUCCGAAGUCUCGGAGCACUCAGUCAUUUGCUCCAAAAAACGCAGCUUUUAAGGCACCAGAGAUCAAAAACUUGGUCAAAAUGCCAACACUAGUUCCACCAUCAAAAACAAAGAGUAAGAAAGCAAGUCUGAUAACCUUUGACCCAGUGAUGCCAAAUGCCCCAAAUACUACGAGACAGACUAGAGCUAGACCUGUGCUUACUCGUCAAAAUGCAACUGAAACUAAAGUCAGUAGUCGAAGCAGAGCUCAAGUUGACACUAGGAGCAAUAGAGGGAAGGUUACUAAGCCUUCACCUAAAAAACUUACUAAAAACAACUUACAAAGUAGUUCUUCAGGGAGUGACUUGGAACCUAGAGUUGUAAUACAAAGAGUUAAGACUCCUAAAAGGAAGCCUGUGAAAGAAGCUAAAGAAUUGACUCCUAAAAAGCUGGCAAUUAGUUCCACUUCUGAGGAGAAUUCUAGUGACACAUCUGGCACUGACUCUAGACUGAGGUCAAGAAAGUCUAACAUAAUGAUAGAUUCAAGUCAGUCUAGUUCUGAUAAAUUGAGUAGUGAUGUGGAUCCAUCAUCAGUGGAGGAACAGUCAACAAUAGUUAUGAUUAGGUCUAGAAAAUCUUUGCCAAAGAACUUUAGCCCUGGUCCUUUGAGGAGUGAAAGCAGUUCAGACAAGCUUAGUAGUGAUAUGGAGUUUAUUCAAGAUAAGUCUCCAGUUAUUAAAUUGAAAAGGAAAUCUUUGCCAGCUACUCCUAAAAACCGUGUUCCGAAAAGUGAGUCUAGUUCUGAGGAGAAGUUGCGGUCUCCAAAGACCCCAAUUGAUGUUCCCCUGACUCCUGAGCAGAUGGAGACAGCUAAGAUCAGCCCCUGUGUGACUUUGUCGCGAGGCAAGGAUAAUGCUAGGAAGGAGAUGAAGUGGAAAAUUGAUGAAGGUCUCCUUGACGACGACGUGAGCGAUAUGGAGAGUAUAGAUCACUUCCGUAAGCAGCUGUCUUCUGAGAUCACGCGCAUCACUGAGAUGUGCGACGCUUGGGACAGGAUAUUUGCGCAGACUGUCCUCCCUGAAAGUGUACAGGAAGCAGUGCUGGCGGCCGUGGGGCAGGCGCGGCUGCUGAUGUCCCAGAAGCUGCAGCAGUUCGCGUCGCUGGUGGAGCGCUGCGCCGCGCCCGAGCCCGGCGCCGCGCUAGUGACGCCCGCCGACCUGCACGGCUUCUGGGACAUGGUGUUCAUGCAGGUGGAAAACGUAGACAUGCGGUUUAAGAAGCUAGAGGCGCUGCGGGCUCGCGGCUGGACGGAAGACAAACCGGUGGUAGAAGCCAAGAAGAUUGCCAGCAAGCCUGCUGUUAAGCGAGCUGCCAAGCCUUCAGGACCCAGUAGAUUACGAGAUAUGAUCGCCGCGGCACGUAAAGCGAAGAAAGACCAGGACCGCACCGAGUCGUCCCUCUUGCCUCAUACGGAGGGCGAGAAGACAUUCGACGCGGGCUUCUUCAGCGUGCGGUCCCCCGUCAAGUCCCCGCUGCCAGCGCCCGCCACGCCAGCUGCCAAGAACAACCUGCUUAAAGCCGUGCUGUCCAGCGAGGCCAAGAAGGCUUCCAAUUCUAAGAAUUCGACGCCAUUCGCUAUGCUCCGUGCUUCCAUGUUGGGCAAGGCAGUGGAGUACGAUGGAGUAGCCCCAUUACCGCAAACCCCACAGAUGACGCCUGUGAACCUGUACGCGACGCCGGGCCGCAGCAUCCUCAAGUCUACCAACAUCAACGCCGGCAAAUCCGGUAAGAAGUCCAUCAAAGUAGUCCUAUUCGACGACUCAGACACCGAAGCUUUAGACCAAUCGUUCAAAACAAUUUCCGACAACAACGACAUCGAAUCAAUAUCGUCAAGUUUGAAAGACCUCUCCAAAGAACUCAUUAUUGAAAGCUCUAAAAAGAGUGACAAAGAAAACUCUAAAGUUAUGGAAGUCAGUUUAAUCAGAACCAGAAGCCAGCGGAAAAGUUUGCAGAACCACUCAAACGCAGAAGAAUCUGCGCCUAAAGAGGUUCCAACUCCGAGACGGUCCUCUAGAAAGAAGAAAGGGGAGUCAGAAGAGGUGAAGAAGACCCCGAAUAGACAAUCGUCGAGGAAGAAGGUUGCAGAUGUUGAGAAAUCCACAGAAGUUGAGAAGACGCAUAAACGGUCGACGCGUAAGAAAGCGCUGCAGGAGGUAGAAACUAACGUCAUGGAAGAGACAGUAUCGACACCUAAGCGGUCGUCUAGAAGGAGUAAAGCGUUGGUUUGCUGAAGUUCAACAUAGCCUGUAUCUCCAAAGGGGUAGGAAGUGGUGUAUGGUCACAUACAUUCACUCCUAGCCAGCUAUCUUCAAGCCCCAUGUAACAGGGGGCGAGCCUAUUGCCAUAAACCAGACUGCGAUUAUUGGUUUGCUCAAUUUCACUUUCGUAACUUAUUAAAGCACUGUUUAGAACACAUUUUGUAACGGAAACAUCGUUUAACGACAAAGUAAAAGUGAAUAGCGAUCUAAAGUAUGCCAGGGGUUUUUGAUUCUAUCAAGUGACUUUCAGUAGUUAUAUCUUAUUAAUCUGCUAAAAAAGUUUACUCUUUCAUAUCCCAAUAGUGGUAACAAAAUUGUAAGUAAGACCCAGUUUUCCAGACAAUUUAAUCAAUAGUACUAAGUAGAGGAGGGACAUUCUCCGCCCCCCACUAAUACGAGCUUGCAGCCAGAUUUGUCUGUUUAAAGCCGUUAAGGAGAAGGGACCGCGUGGAUUGGCUGUCUCGUUCACACGCAAGGGAUAAGGUGGUAAGUACGAGAUUAUCUUAUAGCGUCUGGGCUGUAACAAUAGUGAAAUAAUAGAGAUUGGAUUUUGAAAGUAAGUAAAUGUGUAUUUUUUCUUAAAGAAACAAUAUUCGUAGAUACAAUGAAAACCCCCACAAACCCAAUUC